AAAAAGAAAACAUUUUCCCGUUGUUUCUUUCUCCUUUUUUCUUUUCUCAUUCGAUCUCCAUUACAUCGCGCUUCAGAUCAUCGGAAUCGAACUUCAGCUUGAUCCCCGCCUGACCUAGCGAAUCGAAUGGAACGACAACUCAAUUUGCACGAAUUUGGGUCUCCAGAAUGCCGGCGAGGGAGUUAGGUUGCUUCUCCUUGAGGGAGCUCUAUCAGAUCGGUUGAUGCGAUGGAGGUAAAAGGCGGCACCGUCAGUCGAGGUGGAGAGUUUAGGGUUUGAUCGUUAAAGAAGGGGGUGAAUGGAUCAAACAGUGGAAAUUUUUUAGUGCUUUCAGAUGGCUUGGGACGAUUCCUCCGCACCUGGAGCUUAGGCGUUGUCGAUCAGGCGCCACCGAAACAGCCACCACGGUUCUUCCUUUUCUACAAUCAUCCAAAUUAAAAGCAAAGAAUCCUUUACCUCUAGCUCUCGGCACAGCUCGCAUCUUGAAACUCCCUCUUCCUGAUGGCGGUGGUCGCUGCUCCCUCUUCCGGUCUCCGACGAGGGGGAUGUCUGCUCCUCCGCAUUACGCAGCAGCGAGAACCGCCUGAAAGACACGCCUUCCGUGCCAUGAAGGAUGAGCGUGCAAUGUCUUCUGGCGCCAUGAAUAAGGCAGGCAUUUCCGGCGAUCUUAGUUCCAUUCCUAAAUUUCCUCAGAUUGAGGUGUCUUCUAGUGAUCAACCCUCAUCCAGUCGAUCAAUUCUCCGCUUCGAGCCAGCCAGUCAAUUGGAGGACAAACUAGAAUGCUUGCACAGGAAGGUCUUCGGCCGUUUUACUGCCCGCGAGGCUCUUCUUGACGAAGAAUUUUGGAUGGCGGCAUGCUUGAGAGCGGAGAGUCACUGGGAGGAUCAUUCUUAUGCACGCUUCAUUGAAGCCUACAAAAGGCAAUUUGCUGAGCAGGAAUUUUCAUCAUUAAAGAGAAGAUGCAGAAGGAAGGAGGCUGAGAAGUGUAUCUGUGUUGUUGCAACGAGGAUGGAUGAGAAUGUCAACCACACAGAAUUGAGCAGCAUAGUUGGGACCCUAGACCUCAACAUAAGACAAUUUUACUGUGGAGAUACAAUUCUUGGAGAGCAUGUGAAGUCACCUGCUUUCUCCAAUAUUUAUGGAUUGGAUCAAACAAGAUAUGUAUAUGUAGCAAACUUGUGUGUCGCCAAGAAUGCUCGCCGCGAAGGAAUUGCAACAAACUUGUUGUCAUUGGCUGUUGAUGCAGCUAAAUUACAUGGCAUCAACCAGAUAUAUGUACAUGUAAACAAGGAUAACAUUGCAGCUCGAAGGUUAUAUGAUCAAAUAGGAUUUCAGAUGGUGCAAACUUCUGUUCCUCGUUUGCUGGUGGACGACAAGUAUUUACUGUGCUUGAAGAUUUAAGCUUCCUUUCCUUCCCUCCAUUGCGUUGUAAAGGAUAAUAAGAAACUUCAACUAUCUGAGGCACUGGUAAACUUGUCCAGGAAGGACUUGCUUUAUCGAAAAGGAAGCAAAUGGGCGAGCAUAAAUAUCGAGCACGAAGGUCUCUUAGCAUUCUUAGUGUCUUCAACAACUAUACCUUUAAUACAAUUGAGAGGAACAACUAAGAUCUGGUAUAAGGAAGAACAUCAAAGGUAGCAUUUAUCAUUGUACUGAACGUGCCAUAGUUUACACUUCGCAUUGUGUCAUAUUCGUUUUCGAUGUUGGCUCUUAUAUGCGAGGAUUUGUUUGGAAUUAACUUGUUGCAUGGAGAUGUCAUUUAGGAUCAGACUUAUGCUCUGCUUUUCUCUCCUUUCAUAUCAAAUAACAUCUUAGUUGAUUAAUUA